UCUUCUGACAUAUACACACGCACACGCACCCCCGACACACACUCAGCACACUUUUCCUCCAUCUGACUAACAGUCCUGCACACACCAUGAUUACAGGAAAGCGUAAAUAAAUACGGAAAGGGUUGAUUAUUUUGACUACUGGAAGAGCUUUGCUGGGUCUCAGCGCAACUUUUGUUUUUAUUACUGAGAAGGUGAUCUCUCCAUGCGUUUCUCUCACACAAGGAUUCUUUAAAAGAGGAAGAGAGAGAGGGGGGAGACCAACCUUUCACUUUAAGACCGGCUGGCCUCAAAGAUAAAAGGAAGGGGAAAGCGGCGCUAGGAAUCCACCACUGCAGCACUUCGGAAAGACGUUUCUGAUACAUUUCUGAGCGCGGCGGCCCGUUUCUCCACCGAAGUUGGCUCCAGCUCUAGCAGCCGCAUUGGAUCCCACAGCUUAUUGCGAGACUCCGGUGUACAAUCCGGAUCUCUGCCCCAACAUGAUCGCGGCCCAGGCCAAGCUGGUCUACCACCUGAAUAAAUACUACAACGAAAAAUGCCAAGCCAGGAAAGCUGCCAUUGCCAAAACUAUCCGGGAAGUCUGCAAAGUAGUUUCCGACGUCCUGAAGGAGGUGGAAGUGCAGGAGCCCCGGUUCAUCAGCUCUCUCAACGAGAUGGACAAUCGCUACGAGGGCCUCGAGGUCAUCUCCCCCACCGAAUUUGAAGUGGUGCUUUACCUUAACCAAAUGGGGGUGUUCAACUUUGUGGACGACGGCUCGCUGCCCGGCUGCGCGGUGUUGAAGUUGAGCGACGGGCGCAAGAGGAGCAUGUCCCUCUGGGUGGAAUUCAUUACCGCCUCCGGCUACCUCUCGGCGCGCAAAAUCCGGUCGCGGUUUCAGACGCUGGUGGCUCAAGCGGUAGACAAAUGUAGCUACAGGGAUGUGGUAAAGAUGGUGGCAGACACCAGCGAAGUGAAACUGAGAAUCCGAGAUAGGUACGUGGUGCAGAUCACCCCGGCUUUUAAAUGCACUGGGAUCUGGCCCAGGAGUGCUGCCCACUGGCCACUUCCCCACAUCCCCUGGCCGGGACCCAACCGGGUGGCGGAGGUCAAGGCGGAAGGGUUCAAUCUCCUGUCCAAGGAGUGCCACUCCCUGGCCGGCAAGCAGAGCUCGGCCGAGAGCGACGCCUGGGUGCUGCAGUUCGCGGAGGCAGAGAACAGACUGCAGAUGGGGGGCUGCAGGAAGAAAUGCCUCUCCAUCCUCAAAACCUUACGGGACCGUCACCUUGAACUGCCAGGCCAGCCCCUGAACAAUUACCACAUGAAGACUCUGGUUUCCUAUGAGUGUGAAAAGCAUCCCCGGGAGUCGGACUGGGACGAGUCUUGCCUGGGUGACCGGCUUAACGGGAUUUUGCUGCAACUUAUCUCCUGCCUGCAGUGCCGGCGGUGUCCUCACUACUUCCUACCGAACUUAGAUCUGUUUCAAGGCAAACCUCACUCGGCUCUCGAGAACGCUGCCAAACAAACGUGGCGACUGGCAAGAGAGAUCCUGACCAACCCGAAAAGUUUGGAAAAACUUUAGAGGACAAUUUAAUCGAGAGCCGAAAUGUGAUUAUACUAUUCUUAAAGUUCUCAUUAAGUGUAAACUUCCUGUUCGAUUCCUAUCUAAUAUUCCACUGGACAGUGCAAACAAUCUCUUCCUUAAAAAGGAGUACUAACACAACGUUUAGGCAUCAUCUCACCCACCCCUCCAAGGGGAGGAAAAGAAGUAGGGAAAGCAGAUGGAGAACACCUCAAACUCACAAGUAUUAGAAGACUUCUUUACAAAGGAUUUCAUCUCUCCCUUGAAAAGUACACAGUAACACCCGGAAAACAGCCUGGCUGUAAUGCAAGACCACAGUGAACACUGCUUAACCAUCAAAGGAUUAUAGCAAUCCUGGCGAUUUAGGUGCAUCUGGCUGUGAGUAAACACGAUUUGGAUAUGCCAUCUGAAGGAAAGUGUAAUGUAUAUUUUAAUUUGUAACAAAUAUUGUGAUCUCACAUUGUCUUUGAAAGUGUGGAUGUUGGUGUUUUGUGAUUUGGUGAACAGAAGUUAAAUUGCCAUUUUGGAUACUUCCAGACAUUUUCCACUAACAAAGAUAUAAUUUAAAGGUAGAUUUCCUCCUGGUACUUUUAUCUGUCUUUGAAAGUGUCUGAACUUUAAAAAGUUUACAUUUUGUUUCAAAUAUAUUGCUUGUUCUAUUUCUAACAUUCCAUAAAUAUACUUGAAAUGUUAUUUAAAUAUAUUCAAAGAAAUUUGAAUUCAGCUUAUAUAAUAACGCUUGAAUAUCUGAAUUAUAUAUUUGAAAAAUGCACUUGAAAUACACUGGAUAAUUACUCUUGUGAUUUAGAUUUUAAUUUCUGUUGCUGGUUUUUAUUUAAUUAGAAGCUAAUAAAUGAAGUAAAAUAAAAGUUGUUGUGUCUCACUUUAAAUUGUUUUCCUGUCAAAAGAUGUAAUGCUUCACUUUGAAAAUUGAACCCACUUGAAUAUUUUAAACCUUUUG